UACAAACAUCAGGUCUAGCGCAGGCAGGCGUAGAGAUAGCUCCCGCUCCCGUGUGCAGUACUAUACCUACUCCCAUCAGUUGAUACUUGAAACUUGCGAGAUAUUCUCGCAGUCACACGCGCGCCGAGAGAACGGACUCGGACAAAUAUACCUACAAUAUACGUAUAACUUACCUACCAACCAAGAGAGAAAGAGAUACGUCGCCUCACUUUCUCCGCGUGUUUCUUCCCCUCUGGCUCACUUUGCAAGUUUGCAGCGUUUGCUCUCUUUCGUGUCGCCGUCAUCAGUCAACGAAUCAACCCUCCUCGGAUGGGCUGGAAGAAGCAGACGAUCCGCUUACGUCUCCGAGCUUCUGGAUUCCAUUUGUCCACUUAUAAGUACGCGUGCCUCAUUAGAAUUGAGUCUAUUGCCGUAGAGUCAACGACGUCGAAAACUGGGAGCAUAGGUUUCAAUAUUGACACUACGCGGCGUUAUUGUACGGAUUGUUGUUGUAUGCGUGCGCGCGCCAAAAGUCGACGACUUAUCAUUUGCAGUUCAGAGUCGUCGGACGGCGAUCGAUAUCGAUCCAUCAUUAGGUACUUUGGUUCAUUGCAUCUCUCCGGCGGCAGUAAUAGGCCGGAAGUUUUGGUCAACAGGAGGUAAAGAGGUCCAAGGGCGCUCCAAGCGUCCGAUACGACGAGACCACGGAUUUUCCUUUCUUAGUCCUCGCUUACGGAACUAAGGUUAUCGCCAGUAAAGAGCCAGAAUUAUAAAAAUUCGUAAAGAUGGCUCUGUGGGCCAAAGCCCAACAAUUGCCUCCCGAGGCGCUGCAAAAAGUGCGGUCGGUCUAUGGAGAACAUUUUCCGAUCGAAGUUCGUCAUUUCUUAUCGACAUGGAUCGAAGAAAAAAUGUGGGCUGAUAUCGAACCAGACAAUCCGCAAUGUGAGCAGUAUAUCGCCAAUCUAGUGGAAUCUUUUAUACAAGAGUUGGAAACCAAAGCAUCUACAUUAAAUACGGAAGAUCUUUUCUUGACUAAAUUAAAGCUAAUCGAAGCAGCCAAGAAUUUUCGCCAAAGGUACAGCCCUAAUCCGACGAGUCUCUUCAAAAUAAUAAGACAUUGUCUGGCUACGGAACUAAACCUCGUAUCUCAGAUUGAGCAACCUGGCAGUGUUCUGAUGAACAUGCCUGGCAGCAGAAUAGGGUUGAUGAUGGGUGACUCGGUAGCCGAAAUUGCCCAGCAAUUGGAGGCCCUGAGGCGCAGAACUCAAGAGACAGGCGAGGACUUGCGAAAAAUGGAGCAAGAGCAAGAGUCUUUUGCUCUUGCCUAUCACGAGUGUACAAAGCUGAAUGUUCACUUACAAAGUAUUUCUUCACAACCACAAACGCAGCACACUAUCGACAUUGAGAAAAAAAUUCGUCGGCAAAAAGAACAACAAGAACAGCAUUUGAAUCACAAGGUGACGACUUUGCUGCAAUUGCGUCUGACACUCGCUGAAAAAUUAAAAGAUACUAUAAGCAAGCUUCACGUAUUGCAAGCUCGUAUUCUCGAUGACGAGCUUAUCAGGUGGAAAAGAGAUCAACAGUUGGCAGGAAAUGGUGCCAAUUUCAUAAAUAAUUUAGAUGCCAUUCAGGAGUGGUGCGAAACUCUAGCCGAGUUAAUUUGGUUAAAUCGACAGCAGGUCAAAGAAGUUGAACGCCUCAAGCAAAGAUUUACACUCGAACCUGCUGGAGUUCAGGACAUACUACCAAACUUGAAUGCUCAAGUCACGCAGCUACUUAGCUCUUUGGUAACAAGCACUUUCAUCAUUGAAAAACAGCCACCGCAGGUAAUGAAAACGAAUACUCGUUUCACGAGCACUGUCAGAUUGCUCGUGGGUGGCAAGCUCAACGUGCACAUGACACCACCACAAGUGAAAGUCAGCAUCAUCAGUGAAGCUCAGGCAAAUUCGCUCCUCAAAAGUGACAAAAUGGCCAACAAAGGUGAGGCUAGCGGUGAAAUUUUGAACAAUACUGGCACCAUGGAGUACCAUCAAGCUACGCGGCAACUCUCUGUCAGUUUUCGCAAUAUGCAACUCAAGAAAAUUAAGCGAGCUGAGAAGAAGGGAACCGAGUCCGUCAUGGACGAAAAGUUCUCUCUUCUUUUUCAGUCGCAAUUCAGCGUAGGUGGUGGUGAGCUCGUCUUCCAGGUAUGGACGCUGAGUUUGCCCGUUGUGGUCAUAGUACACGGCAACCAAGAGCCUCAUGCAUGGGCGACCGUGACGUGGGACAAUGCUUUUGCGGAACCAGGUCGGGUGCCAUUCGCAGUACCGGAGAAAGUGCCAUGGCAUCAAGUAGCCGAGGCUCUUAACGUCAAGUUUAAGGCAGCGACCAAUCGAGCGCUCACUGACGACAACUUGCGGUUCCUAGCUGAAAAAGCGUUCCGCAGUAAUGGCUCGAAUUGCCAGGAUUAUACAAAUUUGUUGUUAAGUUGGGCACAAUUUUGUAAGGAACCUUUGCCAGAAAGGAAUUUUACUUUUUGGGAAUGGUUUUAUUCCGUCAUGAAGCUUACACGCGAACAUUUACGUGGACCUUGGAACGACGGAUACAUUCUAGGCUUUGUGCGGAAAAAACAGGCCGAAGAAAUGUUGUCGAAUUGCCCAAAUGGAACUUUCCUUAUGAGGUUUUCGGAUUCUGAACUCGGUGGUGUUACAAUUGCUUGGGUUGGAGAACAAAGUCCAGAAGUUUUCAUGCUGCAGCCAUUCACGAGUAAAGAUUUUGCGAUACGAAGUUUAGCCGAUAGACUUUCAGAUUUGCAUCAUUUGGCUUAUCUAUAUCCUGAUUUGCCGAAAGAUCCAACUUUCUCAAAAUAUUAUACACCAUAUACAGUAGAAAGCCAGUCUUGCCCCAAUGGGUACGUGAAGCCAUUCCUGGUCACACACGUUCCAGGCUGGUCCGCACCCGUCAUGGGUAGUCAGACGCCAUCGCAUUCUUCUGUCAUUGGUAUCGGCAACGGGCAAGGUGGUCCUGGAAGCAGCUAUCCCUCAACACCUAACAUGUUUCAGGCUCACAGUCCGGAUUCAUCUAUUACGAGAGAUACGCCAUCCGUUGCCUCUAGCUACGCUCCAGGCCUCAGCCAGUCAGUACGGACAAAUGCGGAUAUGGACUACGUCGAGCUGAUGGGCCACAACGAUCUGUCGUCCAUCGAUGAAAACCUCAACUUGGACCAGCUUAACAACUUUGGAAAUUUCUCCGAGUUCAUGCAGCCGUACAAUGCCAAGCCUCAGUAAGUGUACUAAAAAAUAAGAACACUGUAAAGUAGGCGAGCUCGCGAUCGUAUGGCUUAGCCAGCCAAUGGGUGAUCAUAAAUGAGAUUAGACAGAAACCGUUUUCGGGACUAUUAUCAAUCAGACUAUUUUAUUAAGAAGCAUUUUUCGUAAUGAUUACAGUAUAUAUUUGUUGAAGCUCAUGUGUUCGUCCUUGAUCAUAGUUUACAGAAAAAACAUUGAGGAAGCAUUGCUCUUAUCUUUUUCUGCAUCUAUGCUAUGUACUCGAGUCAUCGAAUUUUUUUUUUUUUUUUUUUUCCUCCUUAAUCUACAACUUGGCAGAUUAGAGUCUCGGUAGAAAAUUAUAUCCUUACAAAUUAAUUUACCACGUGAAUGGCAUUUUAAUACUCAUGCCAAAUAAAAAAAAAGAGAAUUGUGUCUGUUGUUAAAACAUAAGUGUGCUUUAUUUGUAAUAUUUAACGAAACCUAAUAGAAUUUUUCAGUUUUGUUAGUCGAACCUCGAGCGUAAAGACUUUGCUUAUUACCUGAGAAACGUGCAAUAUUUACUGAGGUUUACUCGGGGAAUUCUUUUUCGCUCAUCAUAAAAUCUAUAUUAAAACAACAACAACAACAAAAGCGUUUGUUUUAUUUUAGUUUUAUUGUAAUAAGAAUUUUUUUUCGCGGUUGCUAAUGUGAUUUAAUUUUAGCUAAUUGACGUUAAUCUAAUGAGUUAUAUUUUAUUUCUUUCGCGUCGACUCGUGAAAUCAUAUAUUUAUUACGCGCAGAUUUAAUGUAAAAAACUCUAAUGAUUUACAUCAACAUGCAUGUGUCACAAAUAAGAUAAUUACGACAUGAAUAACGUAAAAAUAUCAGUUUAUAUAUUAUAUACAUGUAUGAUGAUUAAUAGUUUGACUAUUUAAAAUUGAUGUUUAACGAAACAUGGCUGUAUUUUUACGUGUAGUCAAUAAAACAUCCGCGUGUUAAUGUAUGUACAUACAGAAUAUGUGUUUACAUAUUCAUAGUUAAACAGCUGCAGAACAUAAUUUACUACUUGGUGAAUUUUAAGAGAAUUUAGAUUUGUUUUCUUGUUACUAUGAAAACUAUUGUAAUGAAAUAGAAGUAAGAUUUAUAGAAAUCACAAGGGAAAAUACAUUUUUUUAUCUAAUCGUGCAGUGCAAUUAUGUUGAAAGAACGUGGAUGUGCCUUAGGUGGAAUUUUUUAUCUCUUGAAAUUAUAAAAUAGGCAACGAACAAACAUUAAACUCUAGCGUUUACUUUGUUAUAUAAAUUUUACAAAUGCCUGUUGGUAAUGUUAAGAAUUUUUGGUUGUGCAUUUAAACAAAAAAGAAUAAUAAACAAACGUAAUGAUGGUAAAGGAGAAAUCGUGGGUAUUGGGUUUGUAUGUACAGUACAAUACAACUCGCACUGUUUACUUAACAAAUAAAUCAAAGCCUAGAGGCUCUGAACCGAAAAAUUUAAGUAAGUAAAUAAUGUAAGAGUUGAGUGGUUUGCAAAUCGUCAGAGGGAAACCAUAAUUAUGUUUCAGUAGAUAGAGUUAUCUAAAGCUUUUUUUAGUUUUUAAACUAAAUUUUUCAAAUUCGUAGUUAUAAUCGUGCUAAUGAACAAUUUGACUUGAAGAAGAGCGAAGAUAAGUGUCUGUGUAACGGUAGAGUUUUCUUGAAAAAAAAAAAAAAAAAAAAAAAA